AUGUCGGCUGGUCCAAUCAUUGAGCGUAAUCAAGAUGCGACAAUCUACGUUGGUGGGCUGGACGAAAAGGUAACGGAGAAUGUUCUUUGGGAGUUGAUGGUCCAAGCUGGACCUGUUACAAGCGUCAAUAAAGCCAGUGCUCACGAGAAGAACAUGGAUGUUGGGGCAAACAUUUUUGUCGGAAAUCUGGAUUCAGAGGUAGAUGAGAAGCUUUUGUAUGAUACGUUCAGCGCGUUUGGUGUCAUUCUUCAAGUUCCUAAAAUUAUGCGUGAUCCUGAAACAGGAAACAGUAAGGGGUUUGCGUUCAUAAAUUUCGCAUCAUUUGAAGCGUCCGAUAUGGCAAUGGAAGCAAUGAAUGGACAGUUUUUGUGCAAUCGAGCAAUCUCUGUCUCAUACGCCUUCAAGAAAGAUGCGAAAGGCGAAAGACAUGGUACUGCGGCAGAACGCAUGUUGGCUGCACAGAACCCUCUUUUUCCGAAGGACCGACCAAACCAGAUGUUCUCAGAUACUCCUGGACGGCUGCCGUUUCCUCCACCAAUGCCAGGAAUGCCACCCAUUAUGCCUGGUCUUCCUGGCAUGCCUCCGAUGCCUCCUCCUUUGCCAAUGACUAUAGGCUCUAUGGGCUUUCCUCCACCGCCUCCUACAGCUACUCCAAUGCCUCCUCCACCACCACCUCCAGUUCCACCUACUCCAACCAUAACACCAAGACCGCCACCGCCACCUAUAUCAUGUUAG